CUCUCCUGAGAGUGUUGUGGGGGGGAGCGACGGAGGGCGCCAUCUUGGUGGUUGCUGUGCCGGGAACUGCGGGAGCGGGGCUCGGCGCGGAGCCUGUCCUAGUGGCGCGUCCGGUGAUUUUUGCUGUGGGUUGAGCUCAGCAUGGCUGUAGUCAUCCGUUUACAGGGGCUUCCUGUUGUUGCGGGUCCUGCAGAUAUUCGUCGUUUCUUCUUGGGAUUGAAUAUUCCUGAUGGAGGUGUGCAUAUUAUUGGAGGAGAGAUUGGGGAGGCUUUUAUUAUAUUUGCAACAGACGAAGAUGCACGGCGUGCCAUGAGCUGUUCAGGAGGGUUUAUCAAGGACUCGCGCAUAGAGCUUUUUCUCAGCAGCAAGGCAGAAAUGCAGAAUACCAUAGAAAUGAGCCGGAAACGAUUUGACCGUGGGGGACGAGAAACUAUGUCAGGCUCUAGAAGAACAGGUACUAAUGGCUCUGGCGCAUCGGGUGUUGGAGACAUUCCACAUUUAGUCACGGCUUUUCCAAAAGGAAUAAAUAAACCUGGUUAUGGUCCACCAAAUCAUCCGGAGGCUGGUUUCCAUACCAACGGCACAAGACAUGGUGAUAUAGGUAUACCUAAAUCAAGCUAUCAGUCAAGAAAGGAUUCUCAUCUGUUUAACCCAGAUGAUCUUUACUUAUUUCUACGUGGUAUACCCUACUCUGCAACAGAAGAUGAAGUACGUGCUUUCCUUUCUGGGAUACACGUGGAUGGAGUGAUUCUGAUAAAGCAUCGCAAUGGUUUAAACAAUGGUGAUUGCUUGGUAAAAUUUGCUACUCCUGGUGAUGCCUUAGAAGCACUUAAACGUCAUAGACAAUACAUGGGUCAGAGGUUUAUAGAAAUUAGCCCAACUACAGAGGAACGGUGGAUUGAAUAUGGUGGGAGGGUAGACAUUCCAAAUGAAAUCGAUCACUUUUUGUGUGAAGACCAUUCUCCAAGAAGUUCAGGCUACAUGCAUUCAAGGAAGCAUUCUCAUUCAAGAUCACCAAGGAGACAAAGAACACGUUCUCGUUCAUCUCCCAACCAGGAAUAUUACAUACAUUUAAGAAAUCUAUCUACUAAUCUGGAGAAGAGAGAUUUGAGAGCUUUUUUUCCUGAUCUGGAUAUAUGCAGCAAACAAAUCAAGCUUCUAACAGAUAAGCAUCAGAGGAGGACUAGAGAUGCCUUUGUGAUGUUAAGGAGUGAGCGAGAUUAUCAGGCUGCUUUGGAAUGUCAUAGAAAGGUUCUUCUCAAUCGUCCUGUUUACAUUUUUCCAAUUUCAAGAAAGUCAAUGUUGAAAAUAAUUGAUUCUUGUGAGAGGAAAAGAUCACAAGACAGAGAUCAUCCUGGACAGGCCAUACCAGAAAAAAGUUAUCGGGAAGGUCAUUCCGGCCCUAAGACGUGUGUUUAUGUAAGGAAUUUCCCAUUUGAUGUGUCAAAAAUCGAAGUGCAAAAGUUCUUUGCGAGAUUUGAUAUAGAUGAGGAUGAUAUUUACUUGCUCUAUGAUGACAAAGGACUUGGGCUGGGAGAAGCAUUAGUGAAGUUUAAAUCUGAAGAGCAAGCCAUGAAAGCAGAAAAUUUAAAUCGUCGAAGAUUCUUGGGAACGGAGGUAUUAAUAAGACUUAUAUCUGAAGAGCAGAUGCAGAAGUUUGGUGUAACUGUACCAUUGUCUGCACCAAAUGAAAUGCAGGGUCAUUCACAUCCAUAUGACAGAGGUGAGCUUUCCCGUCCAGUUGGUUCACCAUCUGGGCCACCACAGGGGCCACCCAUGCAUUCAUUUGGUCCCCCUGGGAACUUUAGGCAUCCUUCUGAAUUUAGGCACCCCCCUGAGGACUUCAUGUGCCCUCCUAAGGAUUUUAGAGGUCCACCACCCCUGAUGGAUUUUGGUGGUGACAAUGAACCUUUUGGCAGAAUGGAGUUUGGGAAUAAUAAAAUGGGAAGUUUUCCUGAAGGAAGAUUUAUGCCAGAUCCAAAUUUCAGUGGUGGUUCUGAACGUGUUGUUCCUAUUCGAUUAAAAAAUUUACCUUUUAAAGCUACUCCUAAUGAGAUUCUGGAUUUUUUCUAUGGCUACAGAGUGAUACCAGAGUCAGUUUCUGUACAGUACAACGAACAAGGAUUACCUUCAGGUGAUGCCAUCGUUGCUAUGACAAACUAUGAGGAAGCUAUGGCUGCUAUUAAUGAACUGAAUGAUAGGCCAAUUGGUCCACGGAAAGUUAAGUUGAGCUUGCUGUGAAGGAGGAAAAGAUGCUCUAGAAUAAAACAUUCUAGAUUUGACAGUAUUGACAGUUAUUUUCACUUUUUUAAUUACUGGAAGAUGCAGAAGAAACGGUUUCCAUCAACGGUUGUAAAUAAUACCUAGUUCAGUUGUUUAGCUCUUGGUUGAAAUAUCUGUAUGGUUAAGAUACGAGAACUGUAUUGUGCCUACUUCUUGUGGCAGAGAAGAGCCCAGAAAUUCUGGAGGACAUUGAAUGUCUUGCAUCGAGGUAUAAAGGCAUGGAGUUGUAAUGCUUUGGGUUUUUUUUUUAGUUUGCUUUAAUUCCAUGUCCUAUGACUUUGCAUCAAAUAAAAUGUAAGUGCUGGUUGACUGACCACCUAAACGGUUCAAAUAGAACUUCAGUGCUACCUGCAUUAGUAAAUAACACUUCUUACUGAGGUUAGCUUAAUAAAAUUAGAAAAUGACUGAUUUUUUUUUUUUUUUUUUGUGUAAACUGUUCAGGUUUUGUUCAGUUUCAUGUGUUUGCAGGUAUUCCUAUUAAAAGAAGAAAAAAGAGCUUCCUGUUCACAUUAGCUGGCUUUGCAACUUUUUUAAAAUAAAAAAUAAAUUGUCAUCAAAUGUGUGUCUUAUAUUUAAAACUUGAAUAGUUAAUGAUCUCAACUAUUAUGCUCAGCAUACAUGGGUCUUCAGAAUGAUGCUGGCUGCUUCCUCUGGAAAGAGUGAACUAUUACAGUUCGUCAACACAGCAAUGAAUAGGUAGUGUACAAAGACUGCAAAAUCUGUAUUAAUCAGUUAGAUAGGCUUUCUUGUUCUCCUUGCUUACUGUAGUACCUUGAGGCAGAAAAUGAAUGCUGGAAUUAGAUCAAGAAUUCUGACUUCAGCCUGAGCUUUCGGAGUGGUCUUUGUUUUAUCUCCAUAUGCUCGUAAUAUGAAUAUUAAGUUGCUAAUGAUGUCUGGAUGUAUUCCAGGGUCAAUCUCUGAUUAGUUUUAACUAACAUCUGUCACUGGCAACCAAGCUGACAACCAGCUAUGUUGUCUUCUUAUGUAAGAAAAUAAAUGCUUCUGUCAGUAUUUAGAAUGCUUUGAUUGGUUUGGUACCAGCAUAUUUAAAUUUUAGGAAGAAAUAAAAACUAGCCUGUUUGAGGAAGAACUGCAGCUUCAAAAUUCAGGCUCAGCAGGAAACAGGUUGUGUGGGUAAGGACUUUGUUGACAUUGCAACUGUACAAGAUGGUACUGGAAUACUGAAGAAUUGUAGGAAGUUUUAGUCCCCUCUCAAACUAAAACAACAAAGUUGCAACUUGGCUGUAGAAACUUGUAACCUUUGCUUUGGCAAUACCAAAAAAUCAUGGAUUCAUAGAAGGGACCUGGAGGUCUCUACUUAAACCCCCUUCUCAAAGUAGCAU